AUGCGCGCCGAUGUAUGCAGUCUCGCCGCUGGAGAGCUGAUGGUGCAACUGCUGAUGGAGGGGGUUUUGGUGCCCCUUCAGCCGAUUCCUGUCGUCGGUGACGGGGGGGUGCUGCUGUUUCCAAGGGGAGAUGACGUGCGCCUGGAACUGGCACGGCUCUCGCGUGAGCGAACCAACAUGGAGCUGGACGGGUUCGUGAUGGCCUCGGCGAUCACGAGCAUAUCCAGGGCGUUGGGGUACAACCUAAAUGAGCUCCGGGCAGCAUGUGCUCACGAGCUGGGCACAGGUGGGACGCCUCUACUCAUACGAUCACCAGCGGCUGAGAACUUGGCGGAGCGUCAGGCCCGCCAGGAGACGCUGGCCGAGAUGCUGCACGAGACGCCAGAGCCAUUACCUCCUUCGCCCGCGAUAUGGUCUCGCAAGCAUCAGGAUGAGACUGACGCGGCCCUCAAGGCGCGCAAAGAAAGCACGGAGAUAAACGGCCCGGACACACCUGACACCUCACCAGGGAAGGGUCAAGUCGGUGAGAUGCGACAGACACGGACUGCAGCACCGAGGGCAAAGGCGGGUGCUGGCAUAGGGGAGAAGAAGAGGGGUGGCACGAGCGAGUACACUGGAGUCUGGUUUGAGACGCGUGUCAGGAAGUGGUGCACAAAGUUAACGGCCGAUCCGAGCACAUGCCGACAGAUUCGGCUGGGCGCAUACCAGAAGGAGGAGGACGCGGCUUACGCUUACGCCGCUGGAGCAUUUGUGAUACGGAGGAAGGACACCUUUCCCAAGGUCAUGGAACUGAGCGCGGGUGAGAUGGAUGCGCUCGAGGGGUGCAUUGAAGAUGACGUGCGUCACCUCGUGCAUAAACGGCAGUGGUAUUGGUGGAGGGAAUGGCGGAAGGCAAUGGAUGACAUAGGGGUCAAGCCAGGCACACCUUUUGAGCUGGAGAAGAGUGGCAAGUCGAGCUCUCAGGCUCCCCGCCACGGCACUAGUGUGGACGCACCUGGGGAAGCGGGUGAUGCGGAUGGGGAGAGCGUUGGUGGUUCCCCUGGAGAGGACGCACGCGAGGGCGAGAGCUCCGCGUCGCGUCGUACUGCGAACAAUCGGCGGAAGGAAGGACCGUGCGCGUCUGUUGGCAAUGGGAGCAAGGCUAGGCCCGAAAAGCGUCGCAAAGUAUCGGACCUGCCUGGUGCGGAGGAAGAGGCGGACACGCCGCCACCGGAGCCCCAGCCCGAGUCAAGCGAUGACAACCCGAACGAGGAGCUUCCGCGGGUCAAUGCUGCUGCCGACGACGACGUCGAGGAGACUAAUGAGGAACGCUCUGACUCGGCCCCCGUUACGAGGGUUGAGUUUGACGCUAUGCGCAAAACCCAAAAGGACACGGCUGCGACCCUUGCGCGGCUCGAGACAGCGCUGCUGGCGUCUCUUGCCAACCACACUGCAAAGAAGCGGAAGAGGGACAAUGCGCGCGGCGAUUGCGGCAGGGAGACGAAUGCAAGGAAGGGGCGUCGCGUUGCAACGCCGGAAGAGUCGGAACUGGACGAGGACGAGGUGGAAGAAGAGCACUGGAGGCACAUGCGACAUUCCAAUUCGCCCGUUAUCCAGCGCGCGCUGAAGUUUCUGCCGUCUAACAAAGGAUGGAAGGCACGUGCUGUUUGGGAGAUAUGCGAGCAGUUGCGUGUGCAUCUCUUCAUCGAGGCGGACAGCAAGUCCAUGACGUUCUACCCGAGCAGCGCGGCAAAGACGGCGGCUUUGUGCGCCGUCAUCGAGAACCUGCCCCUCCCUUUCGCCAGCCUGGCUCUGGCGGCCGACAAGGCUAGGCGCUCCGACCUCAACCGCACUCUGAGCGACUGGAAGACGGCGGCUGCUGGACGCGUGCGUGACAUUGCGCUGCCGAGGCUGGGGCUUUUCCGAGACGAACGGGACGCUGGAAGCCCGUGGGCGGCACCUAGGGCUCGUUCGGCGGCGAGGGUCCGGGAGCGACUGGCGUUGACGUUGGAUGGGGAGGGUAAGUCGCCUUCUGAAAUGCACGGACUGUGUGUGACGGAUGCCAUCCGCUUCUGGGAAACUCGCAAGGGAAGGCUGUCCAACUCUGCGGGUGUCAACGCGCAGAUCGUGGACGGGCUCCGCGAGUGUGCACUGACGGACGUCAUGGCGGCGGUCGAUAAGUUCCAGCCGGCGUACGACGCCCCCACUUCAUCGUGGGCAUGGGGCCGCCAUGGCCUGCGCCUUUCCUCCUGCGGCAUCGAGCGCCAGGCGACAGCUGCGCCAGCUGGCAGCGAGAGCGGGAGGGAGGGUGACAAUCUCUCUCUGAACUGA